UUCAGUAGCGCUCAGAGCGCUCCAGUUGGUAGAUCKGAAAAGGGGAGGGAGCAGUUAGUACAAAGUCUAUGUAGGAAAUAAACAUAAGCUACUCCUCUCCGAAGGCAACUGACAACAGAGGUCCCUGGAAUAUCGCCUUUGGAGAUAUUCCGGUCACCGUCGGCGGCCUCGCCGGAACCGUGGUGGCAGUUUACCGGCUGUUCCUGCUCCCAAAGCGGCGUGCCGAGGAAGGACUCGACUCUUUGAAUAGACAAGAUGCACGGACCGCCCUCCGGCGACAGCGCAUGCCCAUUGCGCACGAUCAAGAGAGUUCAGUUCGGCAUCAUCAGUCCAGAUGAACUUAAACGAAUGUCAGUGACUGAGGGGGGAAUCAAGUACCCCGAAACCACAGAAGGAGGACGUCCCAAACUUGGUGGCCUUAUGGAUCCRAGGCAAGGGGUCAUAGAACGCAGCGGGAGGUGUCAAACCUGUGCAGGCAACAUGACAGAAUGCCCAGGUCACUUUGGGCACAUAGAGCUGGCCAAACCAGUUUUCCACGUCGGUUUUAUAACAAAGAUAAUGAAGAUCCUCCGAUGUGUCUGCUUCUUCUGCUCCAAAUUGUUGGUGGACGCCAACAACCCCAAGAUCAAGGAAAUCCUUGUGAAAUCUAAAGGACAGCCCAGGAAGCGUUUAACCCACGUUUAUGAGCUGUGCAAGGGUAAAAACAUUUGUGAAGGAGGCGAGGAAAUGGACAACAAGUUUGGAAUGGAGCCACAGGAGACGGAGGAGGACAUCACCAAGGAGAAGGGCCACGGUGGCUGCGGGCGCUACCAGCCCCGCAUCAGACGCUCGGGCUUGGAGCUGUACGCCGAGUGGAAGCACGUCAACGARGACUCGCAGGAGAAGAAGAUCCUGCUGAGUCCGGAGCGCGUGCACGAGAUCUUCAAGCGCAUCUCGGACGAGGAGGACAUCAUCUUGGGCAUGGAUCCCAAGUUCGCCCGACCGGAAUGGAUGAUYGUCACCGUGUUGCCUGUGCCUCCGCUGGCUGUGAGGCCUGCCGUGGUCAUGCAAGGAUCCGCUCGCAACCAGGACGACUUGACGCACAAGUUGGCGGACAUCGUCAAGAUCAACAACCAGCUGCGAAGAAACGAGCAGAGCGGCGCGGCUGCUCAUGUGAUCGCCGAGGAUGUGAAGCUGCUUCAGUUUCACGUGGCCACUAUGGUCGACAACGAGCUGCCAGGCCUGCCCAGGGCAAUGCAAAAGUCUGGCCGCCCUCUCAAAUCCAUAAAGCAGCGUCUAAAGGGUAAGGAGGGAAGAGUGAGGGGUAACCUGAUGGGCAAACGUGUGGACUUCUCAGCUCGAACCGUCAUCACCCCGGACCCUAACCUGCAGAUCGACCAAGUGGGCGUGCCGCGAUCCAUCGCAGCGAACAUGACGUUCCCAGAGAUCGUUACUCCCUUUAAUAUYGACAGAUUGCAAGAGCUGGUACGAAGAGGCAACAGCCAGUAUCCUGGAGCAAAAUACAUCAUCCGCGACAACGGAGACAGAAUUGACCUGCGGUUCCACCCGAAACCAAGUGACCUUCAUCUGCAGAUCGGCUACAAGGUGGAAAGACACAUGUGCGAUGGUGACAUCGUCAUCUUCAAUCGACAGCCUACACUACAUAAAAUGUCCAUGAUGGGCCACAGGGUUCGGAUUCUGCCGUGGUCCACGUUCCGACUCAACCUCAGUGUCACCACACCCUACAACGCUGACUUUGAYGGCGACGAGAUGAACCUCCACCUGCCUCAGUCUCUGGAGACAAAGGCRGAGAUUCAAGAGCUGGCCAUGGUGCCGCGUAUGAUCGUCACGCCGCAGUCCAACAGGCCCGUCAUGGGUAUUGUGCAGGACACCCUCACGGCUGUUCGCAAAUUCACCAAACGAGACGUCUUCUUAGAGAGGGGCGAAGUGAUGAACCUCCUCAUGUUCCUUUCCACCUGGGAUGGGAAAAUGCCUCAGCCCGCCAUCCUCAAGCCCCGCCCCUUGUGGACAGGCAAGCAGGUCUUCAGCCUCAUCAUCCCCGGUCACAUUAAUGUGAUCCGCACACACAGCACGCACCCCGACGAYGAGGACAGUGGGCCUUACAAACACAUUUCACCCGGCGACACCAAGGUGAUAGUGGAGAACGGAGAGCUGAUUAUGGGCAUCCUGUGUAAGAAGUCUCUGGGAACCUCCGCCGGUUCCCUCGUCCACAUCUCCUACCUGGAGAUGGGUCACGACAUCACCAGACUCUUCUACUCCAACAUUCAGACGGUGGUCAACAACUGGCUGCUCAUCGAGGGUCAUUCAAUCGGUAUUGGUGACUCCAUUGCUGAUGCCAAGACAUACCUGGACAUCCAGAAUACCAUCAAGAAAGCCAAACAGGAUGUGAUAGAAGUCAUCGAGAAAGCUCACAACAACGAGCUGGAACCGACGCCCGGUAAUACGUUGAGGCAGACCUUUGAGAACCAGGUGAAUCGUAUCCUCAACGACGCUCGUGACAAAACGGGGUCCUCGGCCCAGAAGUCUCUGUCCGAGUACAACAACUUCAAGUCCAUGGUGGUGGCCGGCUCCAAGGGCUCAAAGAUCAACAUCUCACAGGUUAUUGCCGUGGUGGGGCAGCAGAACGUGGAAGGUAAGCGAAUCCCGUUUGGCUUCAAGCACCGGACUCUGCCUCACUUCAUUAAAGACGACUACGGUCCUGAGAGCAGAGGCUUUGUGGAGAACUCCUACCUGGCCGGAUUAACGCCGACAGAGUUCUUCUUCCACGCCAUGGGUGGCAGAGAGGGUCUGAUCGAUACGGCCGUCAAAACAGCUGAGACAGGAUACAUCCAGCGUCGUCUGAUCAAGUCUAUGGAGUCUGUGAUGGUGAAGUACGACGCCACGGUGCGGAACUCCAUCAACCAGGUAGUGCAGCUGCGCUACGGCGAGGACGGCCUGGCGGGAGAGAACGUCGAGUUCCAAAACGUGGCGACACUGAAGCCCUCGCACAAGGCCUUCGAAAAGAAGUUCAAGUUCGACUGCACCAACGAGCGAGCGCUGAGGCGAAUCCUGCAGGAGGACGUGGUGAAAGACGUGCAGACCAACGCACACGUGCAGAGCGUCCUGGAGAGGGAGUUUGAGAAGAUGAAGGAGGACAGGGAGAUUCUGCGAGCUAUUUUCCCUACCGGCGACAGCAAGGUGGUGCUGCCAUGCAACCUGGCCAGAAUGAUCUGGAACGCUCAGAAGAUUUUCCGAAUCAACCCUCGAACCCCAACAGAUCUGAAUCCUCUGAGAGUGGUUGAGGGCGUUCAGGAGCUGAGUAAGAAGCUGAUCAUUGUGAACGGCGAYGACCCCCUGAGCAGACAGGCCCAGGAGAACGCCACGCUGCUCUUCAACAUCCACCUGCGCUCCACGCUCUGCUCCAAACGCAUGACAGAGGAGUUCCGCCUUUCCACCGAGGCUUUUGAGUGGCUGCUGGGCGAGAUCGAGACCAAGUUCAACCAGUCCAUCGCUCAUCCGGGUGAAAUGGUCGGUGCUCUGGCUGCUCAGUCACUGGGAGAGCCGGCCACACAGAUGACACUGAACACUUUCCACUACGCCGGUGUGUCGGCCAAGAACGUAACUCUGGGUGUGCCUCGUCUGAAGGAGUUGAUCAACAUCUCAAAGAGGCCCAAGACGCCCUCGCUGGCGGUUUUCCUGCUGGGUCAGGCAGCGCGUGACGCUGAGCGGGCCAAGGACAUCCUGUGUCGCCUGGAGCACACCACGCUCCGGAAAGUGACUGCCAACACCGCCAUCUACUACGACCCAAACCCUCAGAACACAGUGGUGGCUGAGGACCAGGAGUGGGUGAACGUCUACUACGAGAUGCCAGACUUCGACGUGACGCGCAUUUCACCGUGGCUGCUGCGCAUYGAGCUCGACCGCAAGCACAUGACCGACCGCAAGCUGACCAUGGAGCAGAUCGCAGAGAAGAUCAACGCAGGUUUUGGAGAUGAUCUGAACUGCAUCUUCAAUGACGACAAUGCUGAAAAGCUUGUGCUGCGAAUCCGAAUCAUGAACAACGACGAGAAYAAGUUCCAAGAGGACGAGGAGGUGGUGGACAAAAUGGACGACGACGUGUUCCUGAGGUGCAUCGAGUCCAACAUGCUGACGGACAUGACUCUGCAGGGCAUCGAGCAGAUCAGCAAGGUGUACAUGCACUUACCUCAGACUGACAACAAGAAGAAGAUCAUCAUCACSGAUGACGGAGAGUUCAAGGCCCUGCAGGAGUGGAUCCUGGAGACGGACGGCGUGAGCCUCAUGAGGGUUCUCAGUGAGAAGGAUGUGGAUCCUGUCAGAACCACCUCCAACGACAUUGUGGAAAUCUUCACGGUUUUGGGGAUUGAAGCAGUACGAAAGGCGCUGGAGAGGGAGUUGUUCCACGUCAUCUCCUUCGACGGCUCCUACGUCAACUACCGUCACCUGGCUCUGCUUUGCGACACCAUGACCUGCCGCGGUCAUCUGAUGGCCAUCACCCGUCACGGCAUCAACCGUCAAGACACAGGACCGCUCAUGAAGUGUUCCUUUGAAGAGACGGUGGACGUGUUGAUGGAGGCAUCGUCCCACGGAGAGUGCGACCCCAUGAAAGGCGUGUCGGAGAACAUCAUGCUCGGCCAGCUGGCCCCUGCAGGAACGGGCUGCUUCGACCUGUUGCUGGACGCCGAGAAGUGCAAAUACGGCAUGGAGAUCCCGACAAACAUACCYGGCAUCAGCGUGGCUGGACCCACUGGAAUGUUCUUCGGCUCGGUACCGAGCCCCAUGAGCGGUAUGUCUCCUGCCAUGACGCCGUGGAACACAGGGGCCACCCCAGCCUACGGUGCCUGGUCCCCCAGUGUUGGAAGCGGCAUGACCCCCGGAGCGGCAGGCUUCUCUCCCAGCGCGGCUUCAGAUGCAAGUGGCUUCUCUCCAGGUUACUCCCCGGCCUGGUCGCCCACGCCGGGAUCUCCAGGGUCUCCAGGACCUGCCAGUCCAUACAUACCCUCACCAGGCGGAGCCAUGUCACCCAACUACUCCCCCACCUCCCCYGCCUACGAGCCCCGUUCCCCCGGCGGCUACACCCCGCAGAGCCCCGGCUACUCCCCGACGUCGCCCUCCUACUCCCCCACCUCUCCCUCCUACUCUCCCACCAGCCCCAACUACAGCCCCACGUCCCCCUCGUACUCCCCCACUUCGCCCAGUUACUCCCCGACAUCUCCGUCCUACUCCCCCACGUCUCCCUCCUAYUCCCCGACGUCUCCGUCGUACUCCCCCACCUCCCCCUCCUACUCCCCCACAUCUCCGUCGUACUCCCCCACCUCGCCCAGCUACAGCCCGGCGUCACCAAGCUACUCCCCGACGUCCCCCAGCUACUCCCCGACGUCCCCUUCGUACUCGCCGACAUCGCCCUCCUAUUCGCCGACCUCCCCCAACUACACCCCGACCAGCCCCAACUACUCCCCCACUUCGCCGUCGUACUCSCCCACCUCGCCGUCGUACUCGCCCUCCAGUCCCCGCUACACCCCGCAGUCGCCGACCUACACGCCCAGCUCGCCGUCGUACAGCCCCAGCUCCCCCUCGUACUCCCCGACCUCGCCCAAAUACACGCCCACCUCCCCCUCCUACAGCCCCAGCUCCCCGGAGUACACCCCCACCUCGCCCAAGUACUCCCCCACCUCGCCCAAGUACUCUCCGACGUCGCCCAAGUACUCCCCCACCUCUCCCACCUACUCCCCGACGACCCCAAAAUACAGCCCCACCUCGCCCACCUACUCCCCCACCUCGCCCACCUACACCCCCACCAGCCCCAAGUACUCGCCCACCUCCCCCACAUACUCCCCGACUUCGCCUAAGUACUCACCCACGUCUCCGACGUACUCGCCGACCAGUCCCAAAGGCUCCACCUACAGCCCCACCUCCCCUGGCUACAGCCCCACCUCCCCCACCUACAGCCCGGCCAUCAGCCCUGACGACAGUGACGAGGAGAACAACUGAUGAGGUGGUGAGGAGGAGAGGCAGCUGAGAGAGCGCCACCUCAUGGUCAACAACUGGACGGCAUCUUGAACUCGCUGGAGGUGGCGAUGCCUUUAAACCACAGGYGGAGGUUCCCCUCCCCACUUUACCCCAAAUCCCACCCUUUGAAAUCUACAAAACUGUUCUGUAAAGAAAAAAAAACUUGAACUGCUUUGCCUGAUGGGGGGGAAAGUUGCCUUUUUGAAAUAGUUUCUUUCUUUUUUUUAAAUGUAAGGCGGAAUAUUCCUGAGAGGAAACARAGAGAGGGAGCUUCAAAUAUAUAUUUCAGGAGGUGAAGAAAAGAAAAGUCUGCCGUAACCUUUUUAGUGUUUCUGCUUCCAGGUUCUGUUUCUGUAAAUGUCGGGAUGAUUGUAUUCAUCACUAAAACAGGCAGUAAAAAGACGCAACAGUAAAGUAAAGCUUUAGGCUUUACUCGGUGAUAUUUCAGCUGUUUUCUUCAACAUUUUGGAUGCUUUUGGGGGACUUUUUAUUUGUGUGCGUAAAACUGAUUUCAGUUCAUGUUGUCUUAAAGAAAAAGCUUUGCAUCAUCUGCGAAAGUGCACAGAUUUAAGAAACGUUACAAGAACGUUAUGUACCCUUCACCUCCCCCCCUCCCCCCCUCCUCCUUCAACACCUGAAAGAUGUCAGAAAAAACUCAAACCAGCAUCCUGUCCUGUCAUUUUAGAGACUUCUACAUCGAAAGAAGAAUCAGAUUUCUAAUAAGAAAUGGGGAUUUAUUUCUGUUGUUUUUUUAUGAUUUUUGUGAAGUCAUGUUGGAUGAAGGACACCAGUUCAGUUGUGCUGCUUUUGUUUAGCUUUUUCCUCAUGAAGUGGCACAUGUUGAURCAUUUUAAUCAUCCCUCCUGUGUUUAGCUCAUUUUUCUUUGUCAAUUUUGAUAGCUGAAGUGUGCAAAUCUUUAUUUGAACUGUUCAGUUUAUUCAAAGAAGUUAUCCUGUUGAGUAUAAAUAGAGAAAAAAAAUUGUGAUUUUAUUUUGAUGUUUUCAUUUCUUCUCUUGUUUGCUCCGGGUGACUCCAUAGUCCCUGUUUUCAGGAGGCUCGUGUGCGGACGAGGAGGACAGCUUGUUUUUAUUUUUACCUUCCAUCUUAGAGCUUUUUGUCUUGACGGAAAAUUCUGUUCUCUUCGAGACGUCACCAAGUAUUCAGUUCAUGAGAGGGGAAAGUGAAGCAUUUUAACCUUUUUUUCCCCUCUGAGCAAAUUGGCCUUUUUAAUAACAAAACACUACAUUAGUGUGAUCUUUUUCAGCUUAAUAAACCCUCCAUAUGAUGAGUUUUGUUUUCAUCGCUAACUUCGUUCAGUUUGCUGCCUUGUCCUCCUCAUCCACACGUGAGCCUCAUUUCUAAAAAUCAGUGUUUCCUGGUUGUAUUUCCCCCUGUCUGUUCCUGUGAUGAUGGAGGUGAUUCAAUAUCAGCUCAGAUCGGGAGUCCUGCAGUGAAAACUGCUUUUUAGUUCACAUCGGACUGAAUCGACACAAAGCAGGUUUAGUAAUUGCACUUAAUGCGGUGGACUUGAUGGAUUUUUUUUGUCCACUGUUUUUGCAUCCAGCUGCUGUGUUUUAACUGUUCAGUCAGUUCAAAUCAAACAGGACUCCCAGGGUGUUUGUGUGAGCGCGCAUGUGUGUAUGAGAGAGUCUGAGGCGACGCAGGGUUUCAAGCUGAGGAAAAACUUCAGUCGUUUAGUUUAAGGAAGAUUUAACUUAAAAGUUGCCACUGUAAAAUAAUCCAGUCAUUAUCUCAUUCUAUGUAAUCUGUUAUGUUUGUUUUUUUGACUUGGGGAAAAAAUGAAUAAAAAUUUUACUAUGUG